AUGGCCCCAUCCACACAGAGACAACCUAAGGUGCAUCAGCGGCAUGCAGACAAUGACCUGCAGCAAGUCCUAAAGAAACAUAAGAAAACUCUAAGGGAGAGAUGUGAAUUUGUAAUUGAAGGAAAUAAUGAAAAAGGAGGUAGAACUCUCAUCAACAUGAUCUACACUGAUAUCUACAUCACAGACGGACAGAGUGAAGAGGUCAGUACCGAACAUGAGGUUAAGCAGCUGGAGAAAGUUUUCAAAAUCCAGAACCUCAAUGACAGACCAAUCAGGUGCCAUGACAUCUUUAAAUCCUUAUCUAAAGAAGAUAGAGUCAUCAGAGUGGUUCUGACCAAUGGUGUUGCUGGUAUCGGAAAAACCAUCUUAGUGCAGAAGUUCACUCUGGACUGGGCAGAGGGUUUGGAGAACCAGGAUGUCAGUGUGGUGGUUCUGUUUUCCUUCAGGGAGCUGAACCUGAUCAGAGAAGAGCAGCACAGCCUUCUCACGCUGCUUCAUGUUUUCCAUCCAACCCUCCAAAAGCUCCCAGCAGAGAAGAUGACUGUCUGGAAGCUUCUCUUCAUCUUUGACGGCCUGGAUGAAAGCAGACUUUCUCUGGACUUCAGCGAUAGUCUGAUUGUUUCUGACAUCACACAGAAGACAUCAGUUAAUUGUCUUCUCACAAACCUCUUUAAAGGGAAACUUCUUCCUUCAGCUGUUAUCUGGAUAACUUCCCGCCCUUCAGCUGCUGAUCAGAUCCCUCCCUUACAUGUUGACAGAGUAACAGAAGUACGAGGCUUCACCGAUACCCAGAAGGAGGAGUACUUCAGGAAGAGGUUCAGCAAUGAAGAGCUGUCCAGAAGAGUCAUCUCCCAUAUCAAAACCUCCAGGAGUGUCGAUAUUAUGUGUGGAAUCCCAGUCUUUUGCUGGAUCACUGCUAAGGUUUUGGAGACCAUGCUGGAAACCAGGCCAAUGGUAGAGUUACCCAAGACCAUGACUGACAUGUACUCACACUUCCUGCUGGUCCAGACCAGGAGGAAGAAGAACAAGUACCAUGAAGGACAUGAGAAGACCCCACAGGAGCUCACACAAGCUGACACUGAAGGUAUUCUGAACCUGGGAAGGCUGGCAUUUGAACAUCUAGAAAAAGGAAACAUUAUGUUCUACCAAGAAGACAUGGAGCGGUGUGGUCUGAAUGUCACAGAGGCAACUGUCUACUCUGGGGUGUGUACAGAGAUCUUCAAAAGAGAAAGUGUGAUCUUCCAGAAGCCUGUCUACUAUUUUAUUCAUCUGAGCAUCCAGGAGUUUCUGGCUGCAUUCUACAUGUUUCACUGUUUUACCAGUAAGAACACAGAGGUAAUGAGGAAAUUUCUUGGACAACAAUACAGGGAAACAACUCUGGAGGACUUCAUGAAAAGAAUUAUGGAGAAAUCCCUCAGAAGCAGAAAUGGCCACCUGGACCUGUUUGUACGGUUCCUUCAUGGCAUCUGUGUAGAGUUCAACCAGAGCCUCUGGAGAGGCCUGUUAGGUGAGACAGAGGUCUGCCUAGAAACCAGGCAGAGAGUCAUUAACAAUCUGAAAGACAUGAACACUGAAUACAUCUCUCCAGACCGAAGCAUCAACAUCUUCCACUGUCUGAUGGAGAUAAAGGACCUCUCAGUUUAUCAGGAAAUUGAAGAAUUCCUGAAAUCUGAGAAAAGAUAUGAGAAGAAGCUGUCAGAGAUACAGUGUUCAGCUUUGGCCUACAUGCUGCAGAUGUCAGAGGAGGUUCUGGAUGAGUUUGACCUAGAGAAGUACAACACAACAGAAAAAGGACGACUGAGACUGAUUCCAGCUUUAAGAAACUGCAGGAAAGCUCGAUUGAAGGACUGCAGUUUGUCAGAGAGCAACUGUGCUUCUUUGUUCUUGGCGCUAAAGUCGAACCCCUCCCAUCUAACAGAACUGGACAUGAGUGGGAAUGACCUGAAAGAAGCUGGAAUAAAGGAGCUCUGUAAUUUUCUACAGACUCCUUUGUGCAAACUACAGAUAUUAUUAUUAAAGAACUGCAGUUUGUCAAAGGUUAGCUGUGCUAUUCUAGUCUCAGCCCUAAAUUCCAACCCCUCGCAUCUCAUCGAAUUGGACAUGAGCGAAAACAAAGACCUGCAGGAUACUGGAGAGAAGGAGCUCUGUGAGUUUCUACAGAAUCAUCACUGCAAGCUCCAAAUAUUGAGAUUAAAGAAGUGCAGUUUGUCAGAAGCCAGCUGUGCUUCUCUGGUCACAGCUCUAAAGUCCAAUCCCUCUCAUCUGACAGAAAUUGAUUUUAGCGGAAACAAGGACAUGGAAGAUGCUGGAGUGAAGGAGCUUUUUGUUUUUCUGCAGAAUCGCUUCUGCAAACUACAGAGGUUGAGACUAAAGCGCUGCAAUUUGUCAGAGCUCGGCUGUGGUUUUCUGGCUUCAGCACUUAUGUCCAACCCCUCCCAUCUGACAGUGCUGGACCUGACCUAUAAUGAUGUGAAAGAUGCUGGAGUUAAGAAGCUUUGUUCUUUCCUGAAGACUGACAUCUGCAAGCUACAGAUAUUAAAAUUAAAGGAAUGCAGUGUGUCGAAGAACAGCUGUGCUUCACUGUGCUCAGCACUGAAGUGCAACCCCUUCCAUCUAACAGAAAUUGACCUGAAAGGAAACAACCUGAAUGAGUCAGAUGUUCAGCAGCUAAAUGAUAUUGUGAAGAGUUCAGACUACAAACUGGAGUACUUUAGGGACAACCAGGAAUGCACGGGCAACUCCCGCCAGAGGGGAGCCCCCAUCAUCAUCCAGGACAAACAGGCCCACAAACGGUAA